GCAAUAAUGGACGCGGCGCUGAGCGAGGCACUGCGGCGGGGAAACCCAGUCGUGUUCUUCGACAUCUCGAUCGGAGGCGCACCAGUGGGCCGCCUACGACUGGAGCUGUUCAAGAGGGACUGCCCGCGCACGGUCGAGAACUUCCGGCAAUUCUGUACGGGCGAGUACAGGAAAUCUGAGCUACCGGUUGGCUACAAAGGCUGCCCAUUUCACCGAGUCAUCAAAGACUUCAUGGUACAGGGCGGUGACUUUCUGAAGGGAGACGGCACAGGUCGUAUCAGCAUCUACGGCGACAAGUUCGAGGACGAGAGCUUCGCUCAUAAGCACACGGAGCCCGGACUCCUGUCGAUGGCGAACAGCGGGCCAGGCACGAACGGCUGCCAGUUUUUCCUCACGUGUGCGCCUUGCGACUGGUUGGAUGGUAAGCAUGUGGUCUUCGGAAAGGUGUUGGACCCAGCUUCGCUGCUGUUGCUGCGUAAGAUGGAGAGCGUGCCUGUUGGGCCCAAUAGCAAACCCAAGCUCACCAUUACCAUCACUGAGUGCGGUGAACUGUAG